CCUAGUGGCUAAGUACGAUACCCGGAAGCGAACGCUACCCGUCCAUAUAGGCAAGCGCACUCUUUUUCUUCCUACAACAAUUCCACUGACAAUUUACAUGCCGAACGACAUGAGCUGCUCUUUCGUAUUACAAUGGUGGAUCCGACUCACAGCUCGGUAAGAAAUAUUAAGACCGCAAAUGAGGAAUUGAGUCGCUGACCCUACUAGCCAGUUAGCAUGGACGCUAGCUUCGGCUAACAACACAAACAAGUUAUUCGUUAUUGACUGACUCACGUGCACAGAUGCUGGGAGUGAAAAGGAAUGGAGUGAUAACCAUCCCAAAAAAGCAGGUUUGAGGUGAAGUGGUCGCAGCAGUGUGUCACACCAUGAUGGUGACGGCGUACCUUGCCAUAAUUGUCCUGCUCGCCUUGUGUGUUGGUCUCGAGCUCACGGCACGUCGUCUCAGCCCACCUGCUCAGACACAGACUGCUGCAGCCAACCCAGCCUUCCGUCGCUUCCAGAGCAUCUUCCUCCGGGCCUACCUCCUGGCCCUCUGGGCAGACUGGCUGCAGGGUCCCUACCUAUAUAAACUCUACCGCCACUACAGCUUCCUGGAGUCCCAAAUAGCUAUCAUCUAUGUCUGCGGCUUAGGCUCUUGUGUGCUGUUUGCCCCUUUUUCCAGCUGGCUUCCCCAAGCCCUGGGCCGCAGACAUACUUGUCUCCUGUUCUGCCUGUCCUACUCUGCUUGCUGCCUCACUAAGUUAUCCACAGACUAUUUUGUGUUGAUCAUCGGUCGCAUCCUGGGUGGUCUGUCUACAUCCUUGCUCUCUACCACAUUUGAGGCUUGGUAUGUGCACCAGCAUGUCAACAUUCACGAUUUUCCCAAGGAGUGGAUCCCCAGCACCUUUAACAAAGCUGCCACAUGGAAUCACGGGCUCGCCGUGGGAGCUGGCCUGGUUGCUAACUUGCUUGCCGAGUGGCUCCACUUGGGCCCGGUAGCUCCUUUUCUCCUGGCCAUCCCCUGUUUGGCGUGCUGCGGCUGGGUUGUGUUGACGGACUGGGGCAAGGAAGAAGCAGAAGGCAUACCUGAAGGGGAUAAACAGACACCGUCCUUAGGAGGUUUGACUCGUAUUUCUGCAAAGGCCCGUUUCUCCCGCAGCUGUCAUGAUGGGCUCCGGUGCCUGCUGUCAGACAAGAGGGUCAUGCUUCUCGGUGGGGUGCAAGCUCUAUUUGAAAGUGUCCUCUACAUCUUUGUUUUUCUUUGGACCCCAGUACUCGACCCCCAUGGACCUCCGUUAGGGAUCGUUUUUUCUUGUCUAAUGGCCGCCUCAAUGGUUGGCUCCUUAAUGUACCGCCUUGCCACCUCCACACACUAUCAUCUGCAACCCGGGCACGUUCUCUGCUUGGCUGUUUUAAUGGCGUUCUUCUCUUUCUUCAUGUUGACUUUUUCCACCACGCCUGGCCAGCCGAGACCUCACGAAUCCUUCUUUGCCUUCUUGCUGCUGGAGCUCGCUUGUGGCCUCUACUUCCCGGCUGUCAGCUUUCUGCAGGGCAGGGUAAUCCCAGAGGAGAAGCGGGCUGGAGUGCUGGCCUGGUUCCGCCUCCCUCUAAAUCUACUGGCCUGUAUUGGGCUAUUGGCGCUCCACGGUGAGGUGUCAGGGACAGGUGGAGGGGAAGGGGGCAACGGUACUAGAAACAUGUUUGGAGGCUGUGCGCUCAUGAUGCUGGCCGCCUUGAUGGCUGUCGUCAGUCUGUUCACGCUUGGCAGAAAUGACUCGGACCUUAAACUGGAGGGAACAAGAGCAGACAGUGAAAUGUACUGAAGGACAUAAGUCUGUAUUUACUCACGUGUUUCAUUUCAUGACUCAUGAUUUUUUUUUUUUUACUUAUAAAUGAUGCAAAAGGUCAGAAAAUCAAUUGUGAUAUGAAAAAUGUUAUCAAGUACUUCUGUGUUGUUGUUUUUUACCUGCUGCCAAUGUACAAAUGCAAAAUGGCCAUUUCUGUUCGCUAAUUAAGGUUCCAAAUAAUUAUAUUUAAAUUUCUUUACUUGUUACAGUCCAUUGACAUUGAGACUUAACAAAGGGUUUCAUGUGGACAUCGAAUUAUUUUCCCGAUUGUUGCCUCUUUGAAGCAUUCCCAAAUACAGUUAUACUCAUUCAUUCAGUGGGUCAACUUACUUGACCACUCCUUGUUUUAUGAAGAUAUCUGGGAAAGUUGAAUAAUGAAGUUUGCCAAUAAAUCUGCUGAAUGAGA